GGCGUAUUGGCUGCGCCGGGCGCGGGUGGCGGACGCGCUUUGAACCCGGCGCUGGGGCGGCGCAGCCGGUCCGGGUCGGGCUUGGGGUCCGGGCUGGGUCGGGUCGGGCCGGGCAGCCGGCGCAGCGACGGGCAUGGCGGCCGAGUCGCGCGUGUCGCGCUGGUACUUCGGGGGCCUGGCCUCGUCCGGGGCCGCCUGCUGCACGCACCCGCUGGACCUGCUCAAGGUGCACCUGCAGACGCAGCAGGAGGUGAGGAUGCGCAUGACGGGCAUGGCGCUGCAGGUGGUGCGCUCCGACGGCGUGCUGGCGCUCUACAAUGGCCUGAGCGCCUCGCUGUGCCGACAGAUGACCUACUCCCUGACUCGGUUCGCCAUCUACGAGACCGUGCGGGACCGAGUGGCCAAGGGCAGCGAGGGGCCCCUGCCCUUCUACAAGAAGGUGCUGCUGGGCGCCGUCAGUGGUUGCGUCGGAGGCUUCGUGGGGACUCCCGCCGACAUGGUCAACGUCAGGAUGCAGAACGACGUGAAGCUGCCCCCCAGCCAGCGCCGGAACUACGCCCACGCCCUGGACGGCCUGUACCGCGUGGCCCGUGAAGAGGGUCUGAGGAAGCUGUUCUCGGGUGCAACCAUGGCCUCCAGUCGGGGGAUGCUGGUCACUGUGGGUCAGCUGUCCUGCUACGAUCAGGCCAAGCAGCUGGUCCUGGGCACGGGGUACCUAUCGGACGGCAUCUUCACACACUUCAUCGCCAGCUUCAUCGCCGGCGGGUGUGCCACGGUCCUGUGCCAGCCCCUGGACGUGCUGAAGACCCGCCUGAUGAAUUCCAAGGGCGAAUACCAGGGCGUGCUGCACUGCACCAUGGAGACGGCGAAGCUGGGGCCGCUGGCCUUCUACAAGGGCCUCGUGCCUGCCGGCAUCCGCCUCAUGCCGCACACCGUGCUCACGUUCGUCUUCCUGGAGCAGCUUCGCAAGCACUUCGGCGUCAAAGUGCCGUCCUGACGGGGCGUGGAGCGGCCGGCCUGCCCGCUCCUUCCCGAGGCCACGCGGCCGGCGCCGCCCUGAGCCCGCACCGGCCACAGAGCUCGGCCGCCCCCUCCCCGGCUGGACCGCCUGGCCUCCUGCCCGGUCAGAGCUCCUUCCAGCAGCGUGGCCCCCACCCCGGUGGCCCCGUAGCUUCGCCUCCCCUCACCCGCCCCCACUCCCUGCCCUGCACACGGACCACACGCCGAGGGAGGCGUCCGGGCCCCGCUCCCUCCCCCAGCAGUUGGCACCGGAGGUGGGCGCGCUGGGCUGUCCAGUUUUCUGGGGUUCCUGCCCCUCUUCUGGCCCCGAGGGUUCUUUCAUGGAGCAGCUCCUGGGCCCUCAGCACCGUCCGCAGCUCCCUCAGGGCAGUGGCUGCUGCACCUUUGUGGGGGGCGGGGGGGGGGGCGGCCUCCAUGAUGCUCACAGGUAGCUGAGCCCAGCGGACCACAGAGCCAGGUGCGAGGCGGGCACCACGGGCGCGAGUGCGGGGCCCUUGCCUUCGCACACCAGCCGACCCCAGCUGCUCCAACAGUUAGUUUGCCAAAACUCAGCGCCCAGAGGCCACUGCUGUCCCUGGGCUGAGCCGUGUCCCUCACUGGCCGCGCCAAGCCUCCCCCUCCCGCGCCCCAGGCAGAGGCGGGCUGUGGGGUCCUCGGGGCCUCCCUGCAGAAUGUGCCCCAAGACCCCAGCAGCUGAUCAGCCAGAACCCGCCGGCUCUGCUGCCAGCGCAGCCUGUUCUCCCCAAAUGGGCCGGCUUCGUCACUGCUCCCGCCUCAGGGCUGUGCCCCCAGCAGGGGCUUGGCAAUAAAGGACAGUGAGCUGCC